AUGGCUCCGAGUAAGGCCGACGCGCGCUAUGGUCUCCCUUUCCGAGGCCAAAAUCUGCGAAGAGAAGCGCGUGAACGUUGUUGCCAGGCAAGCAUAGUGUGGAAUGUGCUGUUGAAACUCGCUACGACACACGUCGAGAAGUUCAGUGCGGCGAAAACCAAUGAGGUGAAGAACAAGUCGACAGGACAGUAUUGGCGACGAUUGGAAGUAUAA